GUUCGUUGAACUUCGCGCUUAGAGCGCCUGUCCCUUUUUGUGAUUUCUCGUUGGUUAUCUGGUUUGGUUACAUGAAGCUUUGACAUGUCGUUGUUCGGUGCAACUAGUCAACCUUCCACUGGUGUAGGGUUUAGUUUUGGGACUCCAUCAAGUACAGCUACAGGGUUUGGUGCUUUUGGGGCGAGCCAGGUUGGAAGUACAACCAACAAACCUCUAUUUGGUACAACGAGUUUUGGGACCGGCUUUGGAGCAACAACCACUACAGCGGCUACUGGAACGGUGUUUGGCUUUGGCGCUAAGACAACUGCAUCUUCCACUUUUGGUUUUGGUACAGCAAUUUCCAGCACGGCUCCGUCACUUGGAGGAACUCUCACUACUGGCUUUGGCGCAGCUCAGGGGCUUGGUACUUCCACCUUUGGUCAGCAACGCACUACAGGUUUGUUUUCACAGCAGAGAACCCAGUCAGCAGCACCUGCAGGCCAACAGGUUGCACCCCUGACACUGUUAACAGCUGCUUUAUCUCAGCCUCAGAUAUAUGGUGAUGAGAGAGAUGGCAUUAUUGCGAAGUUGAAUCAACUGCAGGCAUACUGGGGAACUGGCAAAGGGUUCUACAACCAACAAGGAGCAGUUGACUUUACACCUCAAAAUCCAUUUUGUCGUUUUAAAGUUGUAGGCUACAGUCGUCUUCCUGUUGCAAGCAAUGAGGAUGGCCAUUUAUCUCUUGAGAUAAAGAAGAAAGAAAGUGAGGUGCGUGCUGUGCAGCAGGGACUUGUGGAUGCACUACACAAGUGUCUAGGAAGUAAACCGACCUUGAUGGUGUGCAUAGAAGGGAUAAAACCUCUGCCAGAUGACAGGUCAGAAGUGGUUAUGUAUGUUGUUGAAAGACAUCCAAAUGGUUCCUCUAGAACUGUUCCAGCCACUGAUGUUUUCACGCAUCUUAACCAGACCAACAUCAAGGCUCAGCUUCAGACAAUUGGCAUUGUGAAUAUUUUGAUGAAAACAAGUCUGUCACCAUCUCAGUUACAACAGUACCUGGAUAACCCUCCGGCUGGAAUAGAUUCUCUUCUUUGGGAGCAGGCAAAAAAGGACAACCCCGAUCCACAGAGAUUAAUUCCAACAACAAUCACGGGAUUCAGUGAACUGAAAAAACGACAAAAGCUUCAAGAGCAGGAGACAUUACAACAUCAGAAGAGGCUAGCCCUUAUAAGUGAAGAGAUUGCCGAUCUUCGGCAUAAUCACGCUACAACAAUGGCAAAACUGGCGCAGUUCAAAAGGAAACACUUGGAAUUAAGCCAUAGAAUACUCGAGGUCAUGAUAAAACAAGAAUGUGUUAGAAAGAGUGGUUACUCUGUGCAAGCAGACGAGGAGCAGCUCAGAGUGCAACUUGAAUGCCUGCAGGCAGAGUUAAACGCGCCUUCACAGUUCAAGGCUCGUCUAAAUGAGAUGAUGUCACAGAUUCGCUUGCGGCAGAGCCAAGCUGGCGAGAGACUGGGGCGAGUAGAUGGCAGAUAUGUAGUGGAAGGUGUUAUGCAGGAGCAACUAAAACAACAUCUCGAGCGUCAACAAGUGGGUCUGCUGCAUCUCAUAACAAUUAUCAAGGACGACCUACAGGACCUGGGCACUAUAGAACGAGGACUCACGGAGCUGCCUUCAUCACGGACUUAGAUAGAGACAGACUGGAAACUAGAUACGAAAAUUGUAUUCUUUCUAUUUAUGUGUUUGUCUUGCGUGCUCGCUGGAAUACUUGGGUUGCAAGUUACGUUGUUUCACGUCGCCACUGACUACUUUCGCGAAAUAAAUACCUGCGAAAUGCCUUCGGAAAAUUUACAACGCAAAAUUGUUGAAAAUCAGAGGUCUUUUUUCGGACGUCAGCCAACAACCUGAUAUUUAACAAAGACUUAACAGCAAAUAAUCUCUCAAGUUCUUAGUGGUGACAUUAAAGUUGGCUUGUCAAGCCCUUUGUUUAAUGCAUGCAACGUGGCUCGUGAGCCCGCUUUAAGGCUGAUUUUGACCAGCGCAUAACCGUAAGAAACAUGCGUGGACGGAGCAAGGAGCUGUUAAGUAACGUAUGCUUUCUGUUCUUAACAAAAGAAACUAACUAUCCGGAUGUUGCUACUUCUGCGUAUGUUUCUAAAACCAGCAGUGACGGGAGGCGUCAUGUGGUUAUGAUGGGAGGUGGGUUUAGUUAACGGACGUUUGAGCGAAGAAGUUAAACUUCCUUUCAAAGAUCCAUUGGAAUUCAUCGAAGAAAUAGUUUCUACAUAACAGUUUGGGACAGUUUUUCGAAAACGAGGACACAGUAAACAGUAAACAGACAAAGUAAACAGACUUAACUGAAUUGUGCGUUGUUGUUUUAUAGUGGCCUUAGCUAACGUUUUAAACGUACUCAUCAAAUGUGUUGUUACUUUUGUUCAAAUACUGGUGCUUUCAAUUUUGGACACUGUAAUUUUAGCUGUCAAUAUGCUACGUAUUCAAAAUUGAAUUUAUUUUUCUGUGAAAUAAAAAAAAUAGUCCUUGCACAAUGUCUCUGUCAUUUACGUGCAAAGAUUACGGAAAGUAAUGUAGUAACAGAUAUUUAGCGCCCUUCUUUGAUUAAAUAAUUAAAAAAGUCAUUAGCAAAUAUAUUGCUAUCAACUAACAAUAUAUUUAAUAACGUCUUUUAGCCUCCCUGAUUUUCCACUAAUUAAUUUAUGCACGAAUUGCACGUACAAAACAGGACACUGUUGGAUUCUAAAACAUUCAUUCAUUCAUUCAUUCAUUCAUUCAUUCACAAAUGUGUUUAACUGGCCUUCGUAAAGUCCAUGGUAUAAUAAACUAGUUGAAUAUUGUUCAAUACAAUCUUCAUUUAACAGGCAACUCUUAUAACAAAUAAUAAUAAACAUCCUCCCUUUUACAUCAUUGAAGAUUGUGGCCUUGUCUCGUGCUUAAUUGGGACACAAAUUAAUUGCGUCUGAUCCAAUGCUGACCGAUUUCGAUGGCUUUCUAGAAAUCGAUCUUAUGAAUUGACCAAUACAGUGGAAGCCAUUUGUAAAGUAUUCAAUCAAAAGUAAUUCUUUUUGCUGUUUUUGGCGUUCCACUAAAUAAACCGAUGAAAUUGUUUGAAUCGCAUCAUUCCAGCCGCCCUUCGUCUGUUCUGUUAUUAACCCACAGUGAAUGAACACUAAUCAAACGAUCACGUCAAUAAACUUUGUGUUUACUCGUUUGCAACACGACGUUAAGGUUACAAAUAACUCCGUAACAAGAUAAGAACUGGAGUAAAGAGCGUUAUUUCUCUGUAUGUAGUCUCUGGCAUAGAUAUUAUGCAAUCGUUGCCGCAUACAUAAGUAUUGUGUUAUUGUACUGAGAGAAUAAAGGUUAAUGAGUAUUAUAACAGCGUCGCAGUUCUCCUGCCUUCAUGUAUUCAACGUAAUUGAUGUGGAACUUUCUUUACCCCAACAACAUGAUACUAUUUACACGUUUUUCGCUGCAUAUAUAUUUAAAUCACCAUACGUUGAGGUUAUUCUACUGUUUGGCGUUGAGUAAAGAAAACCGACGAAACAUAUCCAAAAACUUGCCAGUUGCACAUUAAUCACUUGUAUAAUCCUCAUUAAUGCGAAAAGGAAAUAAAUACAUAAGUACAUUUUGACGUCGUCAGUUAAUUUCUGGGAAACCACAUUAGAAUUUAUUAAUAGCGAUUUACGAUUAUCAGAAAUGAUCAGGACCUGAAGCAGUUAACAUGACUCAACGUUAAUGUCUCUAGAAGCAUCUGAAGCAGCAUUUAAUUUGCUUUCAAAUUCAUUUGAAGUUACAUAAGAGAAUAGCUUUCAGGAUGCAAGACAAAAGGAGCUCUUGAAAAGAGAGCCGAGGUUCAAUCAUUAAUCCCACAGACAAAAAAUGUUGUCAACCUGGUAUGCAUAUUUAAUUGUUUAAUAAUACAAGUCGAAAACGACAUUGUAUCCUUUGUGAACAAUGCUUCAGGCAAGGCGGGCUAUUUUUAUCACCGACCAACCAUCCACUCGUAUAUUUGUUUAACGGCAUGUUGAAUAAACUGAGAAAAUUAUACCGCACCCUGACAUUAUUCUUUGAAAAGUAACGUUCGAUAAAUGACAGCAUUAAAAUUUAUGAUGUGAAGUUUAUAUGAAAUAAUUCAUGUAUGUUUGAUCGGUGGCUAGGGGAUUUUUUGCUCAAAUCGUACACCCUGAAACAACCGUUCAGAUCAUGUGUUCCAAAUACCGUAACAUAAUUAUCUGUUAAUUGCCACUGAUUAACAGACCUUUCUCAAACUGGAGUAAACAAAAUUGCGUAAGUACAUCAGCGGAAUUUGCGCACAGGACAUUGGACUGAAUUGUUUGAAAUACUAGUCUCCUCCUUAGAAUAAAACAAUAUUUAUUUGAGGAACUCCUUUGAACUGCCAAUACAACCUCUCUCCCAUUUAUUUUCACCUCUUGAAAUAUUAGUUAAGUCACCAACAAGACGUCAGAAGACAAGCAUUGCACGAUAUCCUUAGUCAACAAUUUGCUCUUCACUGUCAAGUGUAAAUGUUUCAAACAAUGCCUUAAGUCCGUCACUGAAAAUUGCGGUUUUCCUAAAC